AUCAUCACAUGUUUCAAAUUUUAUUAGGUACAAGCCUAUUUAUAGGCCACACAACAUGAACAUUCCUGACCGCACCCAAAUGUUGUCAAUCAUAGAAACCCAAAAUGAGAGAUUGUUCACCUCGUCUUUACCCAAAUCUCGUGGCCACAAACUAAGUAAGCUACGUAACGCACAAACUUAAGCUUCCCCCAUCACAUCCUAUUCCUACGCUACACCCAUCCAGCGCACUUUAGCUCACUUUUAAUUCUACCACUCCAUUCAUAAACUAUACUACGCCGCCAUUUCUGCAACCAUUUUCUCUCUCCUCUUCCGGUCUCAAACGUUUGCCCCCUCCCUCUCCAUAUUCUUUUUCUUUAAUUAUUUUCGCUUUUAUUUAUAUUUAUUCUUUACGUAAUAAAACUUGUUUCCCUUGAUUUUGUUUGGUAGUUCGUUUGGUUGGUUUGUUGAAAGUCUGCUUUAGGCGGCUAUAAAGAAAGAAAUAGAGAUUGUUUGCAGGGUAAAAAUGGUGGCAAUGGCUUCUUUGCAAGUGAUGAGACCUACUAAUUUCUCUUAUUAUUUAUCAAAUUCUUCGAAAUAUAAGGAAUUGAAUUCCUGCUUUUUUUCAUCAAAGGAAUUGGGUUCCCAAGUUCAAGGGAAAGGGAUUUUGAAGUUGAGGUUAAGGGGAAGUGUUACAAGGAAGAUGGUGAAUGGGGUAUUUUGUAAAUUGCAAGAUGGGGAUGAUCAACCAAGUAAUAGUAGUAACAAUGAACCUCCCGAAUCUUUGUUCAUGAAGGAGCUUCGGAGACGAGGUAUUUCACCGACAUCCCUGCUUGAGGAGAGCGAUAGGAGCACAAUCGAAGAAGAGUUAACAAAAGAAGCUGAUAGAUCAUAUUCAAAGAGAAAUGCAGUAGCAACAGGUGCAGACAAAAGUUUGACGAAUCAAAGAGAGCAAUCAAUGGCUCUGAACAGUGAAGGCCUUGAGGGUCUGAUUCCACGUGCUAAGCUUUUGUUGACACUUGGGGGAACGUUCUUUUUGGCAUUUUGGCCUCUAAUCAUUAUAACGGUUGGUUCUUUUGCUGCACUCUAUCUGUAUUUUGGGCCAACUUUUGUUCACACGGGGAGCAAAACAGCCGCUUCACUUCCUCAGUAUAUUGAUCCAUAUGAACUUCUUCAGGACGAACGAAUCAUUCAAUAAGUUUGUCUUCUGUGGUGGCAUGCAGUUGCAAAUAUCAGAACUUUGUGGCAGGUUUAGUAUAGGGUUUGCCCAAUCGUGGCUCGUCUUCAUUCUCCUUCUGUGUAGCUGCUUAUACUCUUGGUUUUGACGUUGUGGUGUUUAUAGCUGCUUAUAUUUAGUGUAUACGAUAAAACUGUAAGUAUGGAAUACUACUGGUACGCUUCAUAGAACGCUUUGAUCUCUCAAAUUCUCGAAUACUUGUCAUCUGAUAUCAAAUUAUAAACUUGUUAAUUGGUAUGAAGGAGCAAUAAAUGUGCAAGUCUUGGUAAA